CACAUGUCUGAAUCCUUCCGCAUGGAAAUCAGGGUCGAUUUUCUUUGUCACUCGGCAACUUAGCUAAACGAUGGCAUCACAAUGCGACUCUAUGGCGGGAACGAAUUUUGUCAAGCUAUACAACUCUGCCCGCAAGCAAUUUUGCAGAACUUUGCUACGGAUUACUUCGUCUUUUUUCUUGUAUGACUCUUCUUUUUUUUCGCAUUUUAACGUCUUGCUGGCUACUUUACCCUUUUCCUUUGAUUACACAAUAUGCUUGUUCGUCACCACACUUUCUUCCCUCCUCGCCAUUCAACCAGGCUCUCUACCUAGCUGGACCCGUUUCCCAUUUCGGUUUUUAUUAUCACCGCCGCUAAGACUUUCUAACGGCCUUUCCGCAAUGAACUAUGAAGUCACGGCUUUUUUACUUUCACCAUCGCCCGCGGAAUUUUCUCGUGUUUUUCGUAUCGCCCUGGAAUGUCCUUCCGAGGAAACAACUGCAGGACCCAGACACUGGGAUUCAGGACGACCAUUGCCCUGAAGAGAAUUCUCAACUUUAGGGGACGGACGCUCUCUCUAUGGGCCGGGAUGCGUCGGGGUCUUGGGCGAUGCCGGGCCUAGGCUUUCAUCGAGACCGAGGGAUACUAGGCACAUACUGCCUUCGGAGGGG